AUGACCGCCCCCGAAAUCCGGGCGACCCACCCGCCUAGCCCUCACUCCACCGAAAGCACCCCGUUUACUCCAAGAGCGGAGGAGCGGUAUUCGGGACAAGAUUCUCCAUUUUCACUCUACAACAGAGCUAUGAACUCGUGCGUGAUAAAAAGGUCAUCCCGCUGCCUGGAAGUUCGCUGGACGAGCGAUGAUCGCAUCUUUGUAACCUCCACCAAAAAGUGCCUAGGGGCCCAGGGCAGAAGCAUAGGCAGUGAGGUCAACCUGUAUGACUGCGAUGACAAGAGCUACCUGCAGAAGUGGGAGUGCGUGAACGGGACACUGCUGAGGCUGAAAAACCAAAAGACAGACCUCUUUAUUGAGCUUAAGUCAGAAGGAGGCAUGGCGCUUUCCAGAACGACAGGACCAGGCAACAGCUUUACCAUCAUGGGGACGGGCAAUGGCCCCUGUUCAAGAACCCACAGAGUAUUAUACUCCAUUGACGGAAACGCAUAUGGAAGGCCGUGCAUGUUUCCCUUUCUGUACAAAGAUCGGUGGUUUGGAGAUUGCACACCGUUCGACUCCUCCAUUAAGCGCCCCUGGUGUGCCAUUGAAACCAAAUAUGAACACGAACAGUGGGGAUAUUGCCCAACAACCUCCACAGAAUAUUGGAAGAAGAACCACAUCACAGGCUCUUAUUAUCAGCUGAAUUUUCAGUCUGUCCUGACUUGGGCGCAGGCUGAUGAGAGCUGUAAACAGCAGGGGGCCUCCCUAGUCAGUAUUACUGAUCCCAAUGAGCAAGCGUUCAUCUCAGCACUAUUAGGAAAUGUGAAGAACAAGCUUUGGAUCGGACUGGUCCUUAAUCCCGAACAUGGCUGGCAGUGGACGGACAGCCAGCCAAUGCGAUAUCUGAGAUGGAAUAGUGGGUUCCCACUUAACAAUCCAGGCCACAAUUGUGCAUAUCUCGACUCGGCUGGCCAGCACAGGUGGGAAAACCUUCCCUGCUCAAAGAAGUUCGGCUAUAUCUGCUACAAACCCGGAGCGCCGCCUGUUCCUCCUCAAUUUGAGCAAGGAUUCUGUUCAAGCCCGUGGAUUCCAUACAAUGGCCACUGCUUCCACCUCCUUCGCACACCCAGAACAUGGUCCGAUGCAAUGAAGGAUUGUCACAAGGAGCUCGGGGACCUUGUGAGCAUGCGCAACAUUGAGGACCACAGCUUCAUCAUCUCUCAACUGGGAUAUGCCUCGACCGAUGAGAUUUGGAUUGGUCUGAAUGACCGAAGGACCGAGGGCCUGUUCCAAUGGAGCGACCAGACUGACGUCUUCUUCACCAGCUGGGAGUAUGGAGAACCAACCCUCUUGAUGGAAGAUGAGGACUGCGUGCUCAUACGAGGCGAGAAUGGCAACUGGGCAGACCGCUCGUGUGAUGAGAAACACGGCUUCAUCUGCAUGAAGCAGAGCAGCACACAGCACACGCCAGAUGAAGUUCAUUUAGAUAUUGGCUGCAAAGCUGGUUGGAAACGACAUGGCUCCUACUGCUACUUUGUGGGGACAGACACCAAAACGUUUGACGAAGCAAAGAGUGACUGUAAGACAACAGACUCUUACUUGGCUGAUGUGUCAAAUGGGGUGGACAACGCUUUCUUGAUCAGCUUGGUGGGGGUGAGGUCUGAGAAGUAUUUUUGGCUGGGUCUGUCAAACCAGAAGAAUGCUGAUGAGUUUGUUUGGACCAAUGAUGUUGCAGUCACGUUUACUCACUGGAAUAAUGAGAUGCCAGGUAGUGGACAAGGCUGUGUGGCCAUGACGACGGGUGUCAUGGCUGGCCUCUGGGAUCUGCUUCCUUGCGACAAUCAGGAGAAGUACAUCUGUAAGCAUCUGGCUGAAGGAGCAGUCUUGACACCACCCCCACCUACUGUUAGCCCACCACAGUGUGCAGAGGGUUGGAUACGAGUAGGAACAAGGAACACCUGCUCAAAGUUUUUCACGGGGCCUCGUUCAUUUGAGAAGACUUGGUUUGAGGCCAGAGAUUACUGCCGAGCAAUUGGGGGUGAUCUUCUCAGUAUCCACAGUAGCUCGGAGCUCUUUGUAGGAAGACAUGGAAAGGCUUGGAUAGGACUUCAUGUUGCUGACCCAAGUGCAGGCUAUGUCUGGAGUGAUGGAACCGCGCUAAACUUCCAACACUGGCAGGAGGGCGAGCCAAAUAAUUUUCAAAAUUCCGAAUCUUGUGCAGAGUUUCGUAUUUAUCGAGCUGAUGACACGGGCUCGUGGAAUGACGUCCACUGUGAAAGCUACAAUGACUGGCUUUGUCAGAUUCGUGCGGGACUGACUCCAAAGCCACCUCCAAAUGACACUGCUGCCGACUUCAACACGACAUCAGACGGUUGGCUUGAGUGGCGUGGGAGUCAAUACUUCAUCAACAGAGUCUCAAUGGCCAUGGAGGACGCUCGCCGUUACUGCCAGCAGUACCAUGGCGAUUUAGUGACAAUCAACAGCGAAGCUGAAAAUAUCUUCAUUUGGAAACAGAUUUCCAGAAGCUAUGGGACUUAUUACAUUGGUUUAUCAGUGGACCUAGAUGGCUCGUUUUGGUGGAUGGAUGGUACUUCAGCGGGGUACCAAAAAUGGGAUGAGGACCAACCUAAUCGGAAUACCUAUGAUGAAAGCUGUGUCGCAAUGUCUUACUUUAUGGGCUUGUGGCGCACCUUCAACUGCGGCGAAGAGCAUCAGUUUAUUUGCAAACGUGGGACAAAAGCGCCUGUUAACACUACUGCAGCCACUCCAGCUGAACCCAAAGGGGGCUGCCCACUCAAAUGGACCAAAUUUGACUCCAGGUGCUACAGCAUCAACAGUAUUCGCAAGACCUCCUGGGAAGAGGCCAGGAAACAGUGCUACUCUAUGGGAGGGAAUUUGGCCUCUAUACCCACGCGACGUGUGCAAGCGUAUUUGGUCACCAAAAUGGCUGAAGCAGGGGCAGACCUGUGGAUCGGUUUGAACAGUUUAAAGCAAGAUGCCUUUUAUUGGAGUGACGGGAAACCAAGGCAAUAUACCAACUGGGGCUAUUCUAUACAACAUCGCCGUCCUGGGACUUUUUACCAAAGAUGGGAUGAGGAAAGUUGUGUUGUCAUUACCAACAAUCCCACUAGCGGAAUUGGGAAAUGGUUGAUCAAGUCCUGCAACAACUCCAAUGGAUUCAUCUGCACCAGAAGUCCUGAUCCGAAUCUCCCAUCUCCACCUGAACAGGCCAUUCCUAGCAUUUUCAUAUCCCUGGGAAAUGACAGUAUCAUGGCAGUGCAAAUGAAUCUGACGUGGGAUGAGGCCAGUAAGCGCUGCGAAAGCAACAGAGCCAAAUUGGUCAGUCUUAGGAGUGAAUGGACAAUGGCGUACGUGGAGCUUCUGGCCUUGAAUCUCAAAUCCCCUUUGUGGCUAGGACUGAACAAAGGGAAGACCGGGGGUUAUUUUAGGUACAUCGACGGCUGGCACAUGAGCUUUGCCAACUGGGCAGAAGGGGAGCCAGGCCAAAAUCGGCCUUGUGCAUACCUGGACGUGGAUGGAAAGUUCAAAACUGCCCUCUGCAACCGCACGAUGUACUCCGUUUGUAUGCAGUCCACAGACAUGCCGCCAACGCAGUCACCAAACUACCCAGGAGUUUGCCCAGAUGAUGCCAUGGCAGACUACAGCCAGAGUUUCACGUGGCUGCCAUACAAGAGUAAUUGCUACUUGUUUGUCACUGAUGAAAUUGAGUGGGCUGAUGCAGCUACGAGCUGUGUGAGACAUGGUGGACAUUUGGCCAGCAUUGAAGAUCCCGACGAGCAAGCGUUUAUUCAAAGCAAUCUGGAAAUGUUUCAGGACAGCCACUCCUCAUUCUGGAUUGGCUUAUACAAAACACAUAAAGGCAUAUGGCUGUGGUUGGAUAAAACUGUAAUGGACUACACUAACUGGGGUAUGGAUGCUGCGGAGAGGGAAUAUGGAGAGGUUCGAACCUCAGAUGGGGGCUGGACGACCGGUGUGAGGUGGAAUGACAGAGCGUACAUCUGUGAAACACCUAAAGUGAUGCCAAAAGAAACAGAGCCUGGAUUUGAGCCGCACAAUGGGGAAGAUACCAGUUCGCGCAGGCACACCAGCCUAAUCGUGGUGCUGAUCAUCACACUCACGUCCUCGUUGGCUGUCCUUGGCUUCUUCUUGUACAAGAAAUCCCCUCGCUCGCUGCCCACCUUUGACAACCCGCUUUACUUCGGCCGCGAGCGAACGCAGCCCGACGUGGUAGACACCAACAAACUGAUCGAGAAAGCCGAGGAGGAGACCCCCGAGCCAAUGAUCACCCUGUGA